AUGACGGCGCUCUACAACUACACCGCAACAACCGCCCUUCUGGCUGCCCGAGAGACAACAUCCUCUGUCUCCUCAUCGACCUCCUCAUCGCGGCCCGCAUCCUACAAAGUCGUCGGUAUCUGCCUCGCCGUCGCUUCCGGCUUCUUCAUCGGCACCUCCUUCGUCCUCAAGAAGAUCGGCCUCCUCCGUGCCAAUGUCAAAUAUAACGAAGAAGCCGGUGAAGGCUAUGGCUACCUCAAGAACCUGUACUGGUGGGGAGGAAUGACCUUGAUGAUCGUCGGAGAGAUCUGCAAUUUCGUAGCCUAUGCUUUCGUUGAUGCGAUCUUAGUAACUCCGCUGGGCGCCCUCACUGUCGUGGUCUGCACCGUCCUCUCCGCCAUCUUCCUCAAGGAACGACUCAGCUUCGUUGGCAAAGUUGGCUGUUUCUGCUGUAUUAUUGGCUCCGUGGUGAUUCCGCUGAACGCUCCCGAGCAGUCAUCCGUCAGCAAUAUCCAGGAGAUGAAACAUUACGUGAUUGCGCCCGGGUUUCUAUCGUAUGCGGGCGUGAUCAUCGCCGGAUGUAUUUUCACCGCGCUGUAUCUGGGCCCGCGAUACGGGAAGAAGUCUAUGUUCGUGUAUCUCAGUAUCUGCUCACUGAUUGGGGGGUUGAGCGUGGUUGCGACGCAGGGUUUGGGGUCGGCUAUUCUGGCGCAGAUCAAUGGCGAAUCGCAAUUUAAGGAAUGGUUCUUGUAUGUUCUAUUGGUGUUUGUGGUCGCAACGCUCUUGACGGAAAUCAUAUAUCUGAAUAAAGCGCUAAACAUUUUCAAUGCCGCCCUCGUCACCCCAACUUACUACGUCUUCUUCACCAGCGCAACCAUCGUCACCUCCGCCGUCUUAUUCCAGGGUUUCCACGGCUCCGUCAAAGAUAUCGUCACCGUCGUCCUCGGCUUCCUACAAAUCUGCGCGGGCGUAGUAUUGCUGCAGCUCUCCAAAUCUGCCAAGGAUGUCCCGGAUGCCGCCGUCUUUAAGGGUGAUCUCAAUCAAGUUCGCGAGGUUGCAACGCAGGAAGAACACGAAUUCGAGCCCAAGGCCGACUCUAUUCGCGGCGCCGCGGCUAUCAUCCGCCGCAUUUCCACCCCACGCCGCACCAUGGAAGCUGAAGAAGCCCGUCGCUAUUAUCGCGACCGCCAGGAGGACCUACGGACUCCUCUGGCCGAGAAUGAAAUCGUCGAAUGGGAUGGUUUGCGCCGACGCAAGACCGUUCUCGGUGAGGGUCCCACCAUGGCAGCGCGCGCACGCACCCCGUCCGUCCGACAGCCCCCACUCCCACCGCUGGGUAUGGCCCGCGUACCAGAGGAACAAAACUGGGAGGCUGAGAAGGACAACGAACCGACCCGCCCGGCUACAACACAGAGUAGCCAUUCGUUCCUAGAUGACCUCCGCUCGCGCGCGAACAACCUCUUCCACCCAGCGUGGCAGCCCCUACAUAAGGAGCCGUCGCAUUUGUCUGACGCUGACCCCGUGUCGCUGACAGCCAUGGCAGCAGGCCGCAAGUAUCCUGACACGCAUUAUACCGGCCCAGUCGACAACUCCAUCCGAUCGAUCGUCAAUGCAGAGGAUUACGACCAUAUCGAUCCCCCGAGUCCUCCGGCGCACGGCGGCGCGGAACGGCAAUUCUCAUUCAACAGCGUCAUCGGACGAAUGAAAGCCAGCAGCCCCGAACCAGUCACCCCCCGCAGUGUCUCACGGCAAAGUGGUCACCAUCAUCAACCUCAUAAUCAUUACCACCGUUCGUCGGGUGCAACCGAGGAAGAGCGCCUUGGCCUGGUGCGAGGAGACUCGAGAUCGGAUGACCUGGAUGGAAAGGCCCUGGACAGUACUUAUGAUGACGAUGAUAUUUGGAAUGAUGGACCAGACCCGUUGCCUUCGGGUCAUCUCCACCGGGCAGACUCCCCUGAAUCGCAUCGCAUGUUCUCCAGCGAGUCACUGUAUCCGGCGCGACUGCGCGUGAACCCGCUUCCCCCUCUGCCUGAUGAAGAACCGCUGGCCGAUCCAUAUGCGCCAAUUGGAAUGACAAGCUUACGACGCGAGUCUGACAGUAGCGCUGGGACAUUUGUCUCGUCACCGCCGGCCCGCGGGAGUGGGAAUGGGGGAAGCAGCGAGGGAUGGCGGAGACACCGAUCGGGACUGAGCAGUGGAGGGGGCAGUGGAGGUCUCCCUGGUAAGAGGGGGACGUUCAUUUAG